ACGAGCGCAGAGGAGAGAGGACUUUCUGAGUGUCUCUCCGAGCGACUUUUCGCUCGCUGAAUUUCCAGUUUCGCGGCGCUUUUGCCGCUCUUCCUCCACUCUCGACACGCCAGAGGGUGCACUGAGCUGCCAGCGUUUUCGGCGAGGCUCUCGUUUGCAAGCGAAAGGUUUUCAAACGGACAGCUCCCGUUGCCUAGAAAGAAAAGUCAAAGUGCAUGUUGGGGCGCUUUCUCGUGUUUCUGCGCGAAUUCUUCACACGCACGAGUUCUUCCCCGACUUCUGCGGCUGAGAACGCGCGCGUCCGCCGUGCCCUCGUGGAAACGUGGAAACCUGCAGGGAGUUUUGUGUCGCGGAUUUCCUUUUCUCGACCUCAAAGUGCGCUUCCUGCCGAGGCCGGAAGCCUUCCUCAGUCUCCUCUUCGCGUCGAAAGAGAAAACAGUUCCCGCAAAGCUCCCUCCAUCGGCGCUAGAUCCACACCGCGCGUGCGGCCGCUUCUCAACAUACUUUCCUAUUUAGCCGGACUUGUUGACUUUUUUCCGUUUCUCCCGUUUGUUGGCUUCGCAUGCACGGCGUAUCGAAACAUUGUCCAUGUUCGUUUUAUCCGCUGGCUUUUUCUGCGGGUAGCCGCCCCUUUAGAGAAGACCUCCAGCAUGACCUCGUCCGCUUCGACAAGGCCGCUCGUUGUUUUAUAG